UCUCCUCCUCCCCACCGCACAGCGACCGGAUUUUACAUAAAAGGCAACGAAUCCGAGCAGCGCAAGCACUCGGCAGGACAGCAGGCGGAGGAGGAGGAGGAAGAAGAAAAAAAAAGAAGAACCAGAAGAAGCAUAAAAAGUCACUUUCAGAGUUUUCAAGCUGGCUGAAACGGAGACCAUGGAUGAGAUGGAUGUGCCACAGAUGAAGAAGGAGGUGGAAAGCCUAGAGUAUCAGCUAGCCUUCAAGAGAGAGAUGUCUUCCAAGACCAUCCCAGACCUGGUGAAGUGGAUUGAAGAGCGUGUGCCACAAGAUCCAUUCCUGAACCAAGAGCUCAUGAAGAAUAAUCCCUGGGUGGAGAAGGGGAAGUGUUCUAUUCUUUAGUAGGAAAGCGAGUGGGUGUGGCACUGAACAUAUCAACCUUUUGUAGUAUAAAAGAAGAUCACGGAUGUACACAUUGCGCCUCACUGCAUUGGACACACCCUCGUUGAACCGGAACCAGACAUCACUGUUGCCUACUGCUUUGCCAAUUUGCUGCUCUGCUGAUUCCGCUGCAGGUUCUGAAGAAAAAACUGAAUUUACAGAAACAUAUGGGGCAAGGAGAAAAAUACACAUCGCAGAAGAUUUCAAAUUUGGGACAUGCAAGACAUAGGUUUCCAUACCUCAAUCCCCCAAUACCUUCUAUAAUCCUUUCAAAAGAAUCAAAUUUAAAGAAAUGCAUCUGUUGAUUUGUCUACACAAAGCUGGCUAGGCCAGGAAAAAACAGGCUUGGUUACAACCCCAUUAAAUUUAUAUAUUUCUUAAUUUACUUUUUAA